GGAAACAUGCUCAUUGAUGAAACAAAAUUACUAUAUUCUUAAAGAGUUUAUAAACAGAGGUCUGAGGCCUCUUGGCUUCUUCAACCCCAGAAAGUAUAAACCUAUGAAAGCCCUAAACUUCUCCCACCAUUCAAAUAGAGGUCUUGGCUUCUUGAACCUCAGGCUUGUUUAAAAACUGAUCAAAGUGCUUCAGAAUUUCUCAGGCACGGUACAAGUCCAGCACUCAUGGCUUCAGGGCUACAGAAAGAGGGUGAGUUUAGACAAUUUGAUGUUGUAACUGAUCCUUCAGACCAUAACUACUUGAAGAAGAAAACUGAUGGAACAGAGCAGAGUUACCUCACCAAUAGUGGGAGUGAUGUAUGCAAGAAUAUUAUGAAAGAGUGGAAAUUACUUGAUAAGAAUCUACCUGAUACCAUCUUUGUACGAGCUUAUGAAGACAGGAUUGAUCUGCUUCGAGCUGUGAUUAUUGGUGCUCAAGGGACUCCCUAUCACGAUGGCCUAUUCUUCUUCGACAUUAAAUUCCCUUUUGAUUAUCCGAAUAGUCCUCCAAUGGUGCAUUACCGUGCACUUGGCAUGGCACUGAAUCCAAACUUGUAUUCGUAUGGUUUGGUUUGUUUAAGUCUAUUGAACACCUGGUUUGGCGAUGAAAAUGAAAGCUGGUGUCCAAAUAAAUCCACAAUUCUUCAGAUUUUGGUUUCACUCCAGGGACUUGUUCUUAAUGAGAAACCUUUCUACAAUGAGCCUGGAAAGUACAAACCAGCACCUUCUUGGCAAGAUUAUAACCAACAAGUUUUUACAUUGUCCUGCAAAACAAUGCUCUUUUUGCUUCGAAACCCGCCCAAGCAUUUCGAGAUUUUUGUUGCUGCACACUUUAGAGAGCGCGCUUAUGCCAUAUUAACCGCAUGUAAGGCGUACAGAAAUGGCUCUGCAAAUAUUGGUGGGAUAUCAUCUAUGAAGAAAUUUAAAUUAUCAGUGUUAUUCAAGGACUCGAUGAAGAUAAUUUACCCAGAACUUUUCGCGGCCUUCAUCAGGAAUGGAGCUUCUUUACAGGACCUUAUAGAAGAAGAUAAGAUGAUCAAUCACAGGCGCACAAAGGAGAAGAAAUCUAAAUCCAUUGCUAAGUUUUUUGUAAAGUUCAGUUGUUUGUAUGUUUGUGUUUUGAAGAAUUUUGUGAGAGACAAUCACAGUUCACACCAAAACGACUCUCUCUCAAUGAACACCAAAGGCGAAAUCCAGGAGAUCAGCGCCUUCACCAGAUUCGACGUCGUAUCAGACUCCUCCGAUCAUUACUAUGUCAACUCCAACGUACCCAAAAGGAACGCCGUGGACCCCUUCGCCAAUGCCUCCGGUGGGUCCCACAAGAAGAUCAUGCAAGAGUGGAAAAUACUCGAAAAGCAUUUGCCCGAAUCAAUAUUCGUCCGGGUCUACGAGAACCGAAUUGAUCUCCUCCGAGCUGUCAUCGUCGGAGCCGCCGGUACACCAUACCACGACGGACUCUUCUUCUUCGACAUCGUUUUCCCACCCGAUUACCCGGCUCGACCGCCCUCUGUUUACUAUCGCUCAUUUGGGUUACGGCUCAACCCGAACCUGUACGCGAACGGGCGGGUCUGUUUGAGUUUGUUGAACACGUGGACCGGUAAAAAGUGCGAGAAGUGGAACCCUCAAGAGUCGACAGUGCUUCAGGUUUUGAUCUCAAUUCAAGCUCUUGUUCUCAAUGAAAAACCAUAUUUUAACGAACCGGGUCACGGGAUGUGGCCGGGUCGAAACAUCUGGGAGAAGAAAUCAUCGGCUUAUAAUGAAGAUGUUUUCGUCCUAUCAUGCAAGACAAUGAUCUUUGUACUGCGUAAACCUCCGAAGAAUUUCGAGGGUUUUGUGAGCGGUCACUUUAGAGAGCGAGGUCACGUGAUUUUGUCUGCUUGCAAGAAUUACAUUCAGGGUCACGUGAGAGUUGGGUACUUUAGAAACGACGAGUCCUUUUGUUCUCCAAGUUCAGGGUCAGGUUCAGGGUCAGGUUCAGGUUCUUCUUCUUCUGCUUUUGUCGAAGUGUCGGAGAAAUUUAAGGGGUUGAUGGUACAGUUGUACCCUGAGCUUGUUACAGCCUUUAGUAGGACUGGGGCUAAUUUGGGGAAUUUAGUGGAGCAAAUAAAAGUUGAGAAGAGAACGACGUCGUUGAAGGGGGAGGUGAGUGUAAUGAACAAGAAGAAGAAAGAGAAGAACAAAAAUGGGAUCGCAAGCAGGGUGUUUGGGAAAAUUAAGGGGGUAUUGGGAUUGAAGAAAAGUGUUGUUAAAGCAAGGUAAAGAUAUUUAAUUAAUCAUCCUCUUUGAAAAUGGUGAAAGAAAUUCAGGGACAUAGUGGGAAUUUUGUGGGCUUUUAGGGGGCUUUUUAGGCAAAUAAUAGUUUUUUUUUUUUUUCAAAUGGUAGAUAAGAUUUGUUUCACUCGUAUAGUGAGCUUUGAAUGCUUUACCCAAAGUAAAAAGAAUAACUGGUAAUGAUGGUAUAUAAAGCAGAGGUUUUAGUUUGAAGUUUCUUCUU